AUGUCGAGAUGCCCAAUGCAGAGAUUCCCAUAUAACGGGAGCGCUGUUAGUUCAAAAUGCCAAGGCAGUGUGGACAGCGAAGUAUUUGAUGGUAGGCGUCGUGUUAAUCGUAGUUCUUCGCUCCGCACGCAACCUGAUAGCAUCUCCUUACCUCGUAGUCACGAUGGAAAACAACCAACGUACAUAUUUACUCCAAGAUAUCCGAAGAGUAGUAAGGAGACAGCUCUAUACAUUCUGGACUGUUUGUUUUCUGUUACUGUGAUCGGGUCACUCGUGGUGGUCGUGUGGGGAGGUCUGUGGGGUCUGAUUGACAUUUACCUCUAUCCAGAUGACCCUGUCAAAUCUUGCUGGAUGUCACUUAUAGUAGGUUACUCCAUGGUAUUUGUGACGUUUUCGCUGCAGGCGCCUAUGCGGUGGGUUGUCGCAAGACUUCAGGGAGCCCCAAGGCUGGUGAUCGCUGAUGUUUACCACUUCCUUUCGUUCGCUUCCACGGUUAACGUAUGGCGAGCGGUUUGGGGAUUUCUGGACAUUUAUUUUUUGCCAGAUUCGCCUCUCUUAAGCAACUGGUCUUGCCACGUCGUAAGUCUGGCGUUGCUGAUUCUAUUAAAUUGUUCAAAUUCAAUUCUUGUGAGAGGAGUUUAUAUUGACGCAGAGGAGCCGGCAGGCGAAUGCGUCAUUUUUUCCUGCCACUACCUCAGACACUUCUUCCAGAAGGAGAGAACAGAACGACAUAAACCGUUAGACUUAACAAAAAAAAGGGAAGAAGCCAGUGUGCCUUUGGGAACACCAGAAGAGAAAGUGUAGACAACCACGGUUGUGUAAUGGUUGUUGAAAUAUUUCUAGAAUGGAAAAAAGUAUUAUUAUGUACCUGUUAUUACGAACAUAGUUCCGACAUAGUGUACUGAGAUAACUAGUAUAGAUAGCCCAACAGACUACAUUUUAACGAGACCAAUGAAAUACUCUAAAACCGAAGUAUAUUAGGUUUUAUAGGCUGAUCAUGAGGUUAAAGGAUUCCCACAUAAAAUAAAUAUUUAAAUUUAAUUGAAAUUUGUACUCGUGUUUUCCUCCAUUGUCUUCGUAUAGUAAAAAUUACUUUGUAUACAAAAACUUUAACAUAUCACUUGUAAUCGCUAAAUUAUUAUGACUAUAUACUCUUUAUAAAUUAUUUACAAAGGUAUGAUGUAAUCCUUAGUUUAU